GACACAUUCUACACUCAGAAUAGUUACUGGAACCAGUAAUUCGAUAGGUCAAAGGGUUGAAGUCGAGGCAGAUCAAAGUUCUUAACGUUUUUCCCGAGGCGUUAAGAAGAUUGAGGCACAACUAGAUAAAGAAGACGAUUGUUUACACCACUUGCUGCACUUGUUUGCAGUUUAGAAGCUACAUUUCCAAAAUGACUCAUUGAUUGUGAAGUGAUAUGGGAUGUUCUGAAGAUAUAUGAAUAUACAACAUAAAUGCAAUGUUUUUAAGUGUCUGUCUUUACCGGAGAAUGUGGAAAUGCAUUCCUCUUUUUCCACAUGCAGCUUACAUGGAAUGGAGCUGUGCCAUUGCCCGAAGACUUCUCCAUGAUGGCCUUCUUAAGGUCCACCCAGAGGUCUCAAAAGCAAUUGCCGGUCAGAAGGCUGUGGUGGCUUUGGAGAGCACGAUCAUCACACAUGGCAUGCCAUAUCCUCACAACCUGAAUUGUGCUAAGGAGGUUGAACAGAUCGUAAAAGAACACAGUGCAGUUCCUGCAACGAUUGGCAUCAUCAAAGGCAAGAUGCAUGUGGGACUGUCAGAGAGUGACCUGGAGUACCUGGCAGAAAGCAAGGAAACACUGAAAGUAUCUCGGAGAGAUCUUCCAUAUGUUCUUAGCAAGGGUUUAUCUGGUGGUACCACCGUUUCAGCCACCAUAAUAGCAGCACACAAAGCUGGCAUUCCUUUGCUUGUGACUGGUGGCAUUGGAGGGGUCCAUCGUGAUGGACAAAACACACUGGAUAUAAGUUCAGAUCUGACAGAAAUGGGUCGCACCCAAGUGGCCGUGGUUUCAGCAGGCGUCAAAUCCAUCCUGGAUAUUGGGCGAACUCUGGAAUACUUGGAGACACAAGGGGUAUGUGUGGCCACAUUUGGCAAGACACGUGACUUUCCAGCAUUCUUUAUUCCAAAAAGUGGCUUUCAAUCUCCUUAUAAUGUCACAGAUGAAGAGGAAGCAGCCAAGCUUAUUGCCAAUGUCCAUAAGUUUGGCCAGGAUAGUGGAGUGCUGAUCGCUGUCCCUAUUCCAGAGGAACAGGCUGCAUCAAGCCUGGUUAUUGAUAAUGCAAUAAAGCAAGCUGUGGAAGAGGCAAGGGAUAAAGGUAUCCAGGGCAAGGAUGUUACUCCCUUCAUUCUAGAACGAAUUUAUGAGAUCACCCAAGGACUUUCCUUGACUACCAAUAUUGCUCUCAUCAAGAACAACGCAAAGGUGGGCAGUCGCAUAGCAUGUGCGCUAGCCAGGCAGAACACACACGGAUACAACCCUCCAUCACUAUCGUCUAAAGGAAAGGGUGAAGCUCCUGCAAAGCCAAUAGUGAUCGGUGGCUGCAAUGUUGAUUAUGUCAUAAAGGUGGAACACGGUGAAAUGAUGUUUGGUGGCCCCACAAACCGCAGUACUGUACGUCAGUCGAUAGGGGGAGUUGGCAGAAACCUGGCUGACUGUCUAAGUCGCCUGGGCUUGAAUCCAUUGUUCAUCUCUGCCAUCGGAUCUGAUAUCAAUGGAGAUGCAAUUCUACGUUUUUGCAGUCACAUGGAUACCAGUGCCGUGUCAAUAUUACCAGAGCAUAACACAGCCGUGUACUGCGCAGUAAUUGCACCUUCAGGAGAGCUAAGCCUGGGCCUUGGAGACAUGGACAUUCACUUGCAGAUAACAGCACAGUAUGUUUCCAGGUUUGAGGAGCAAAUCCGAUCAGCCUCAUUUGUGUGUCUGGAUGGGAAUAUCCCCGCAUCAACCAUCAAUUAUGUCUGCAACGUUGCGAAAGAACACAGUGUUCCAGUGUUGUUUGAGCCUACAGACUUCUCCAGUGCUUGCAAACCUUUUGAGACAGAUAGCUGGAAAGCUCUAACAUACACGUCACCCAAUCUGAUGGAACUGCGGGCAAUGAACCAGGCACUCGGGUUACCCGUACUGACAGAGCUGCCCUCGGUGAUGGACGAAGUCAUUGAUGUUGCGCUGGGAAUGUCACGGCCAUUGUUGAAACACUUGCAAUGUGUGAUUGUCACCCUGGGUAAACAUGGUGUGCUCCUGUGCAGCAGAAGUCAAGACGGAGCGAUUCCUCUUCAGCCGAGGAAAGCCCCUCAGAUGUCACCCAGUAAGCUUUGUGCUAUCCACUACCCAGCCAUUAGUGUGAGACCAGAAGAAAUGUUGAACGUGUCCGGAGCUGGCGACAGUCUCGUUGCUGGACUAAUCGCUGGCCUGCUAACAGGACAAGAGACCCACACGUGUGUCAGGAUGGGGUUGUUGGCUGCUAGCUACUCUGUCAGGUCACUGGAGGCCAUCUCCACAUCAAUCAGCGUCAACAGUGUGAAUCCACAGCGGGUCAUUGAGAGUGUGUGGCCGCAGCCGAUAUACCAUCAUGGAAGCAAAGCUCCCACUGACAGGGAAUUAUAACUCUCCAGAGACUGGGUCCUAGGUACAUUGAUCAUCAUUUCAACUCAGCUGGACUAUAAUAUGGCAGAGUGAAUCAUCCACCUUUUGUAGAACCCAAACAUUUUUGUUCCACUAAAACCAAUAGUUUGAAAACAGGCAGGUUGUGAAACAUUUGGAUGUUUGACCACAUCAGUCACCCAUCACCCAGCCCCAUCGUCACCAAGAGGUGAAACUGGAAAUAACUCCCUUUGUUCAAGGGAGUAUAAAUUGUACAAAUUGUACAAAUGUAACUGUAAGUUAGCUUUGGUGUAGGUUAAUGAUGGAAAUAAUCAAAGGGAAGUUGAUGGGUGUGUGUGAAUAAGUUGCAGGGCUACAGGUUACUAAGGAGAGAAGUGGGACUAAUGGGAUUGCUCCCCUGGGAGCUGGAAUGAGUCCAAUGGGUUGAUUGGCCUCCAUGUACGUUGUUGUAAGUAUAAGACAAGAUAAACGUGGGAUUGUUCCUUUAGACAUUGUUCAUGCUGCACCAGACCUGGGUAAAUUUAAUGUUGAAACUAGGGACAACACCUGAAGAGUUGCCUUUUCCUAUAUUCUUGCUGUUAGUGAACACAAAGUAUUACUUCAAAAUUCAUUAAUACCUGCAUGGCUUGAUUUUAUUUAAAUCCAUUUAAUUGUUGAGGGAGGGUUUCACUAUAAUGAGUAGAUAGAUGCUGUAGUACAUCAGGGAGAUGUGGCAAACACUUUGCUCAUAAGACUGACCAGCCAACACAACAAUGGACAACCUAAUACAAAGACAACUGUUCUUCCACUUAGAAUGAAGCCAAUUAUUGUCAAUAUGAUGGCAUCAGAAGCUGAGCAGCAUACUGAUUUUCCAUUUGAUAAGCACAAACUUUAACAACAAUCAUGGUUAAUUUUAAUAUUGUUUUAAUUAAUGUAAUAUAGUUAAAUGCCAUUACUAUGUAUGAGAUUCUCAGUAUCCCUUUUGCCCUGCCAGAUAUUGGACAGUGGUUUGUAGUUUUACACCCAGUGGAGUGUUAUAUUUUUAAUACUUGCCUUCCACUAUCCACCUGUUGGAAGGCUUUUCUUCAUCCCACAUUUGAUGGUAAAUCCUGUUUCCCCACUUCAAAGGUUCACAUUAUUCAUUCCCCUUGCUCUGACUCCAAUUUAUACUACCUCAAUUUGUUUAUAAAUAAAUUACUAUAUCAUGAUGUCUUCCUAAACCUUUAAUGAACUGUGAAAAAUAACUUAUAAUUUUUUUAAAUUUCCAGUUCAGCCAAUCGUUUCCACCUCUGGCCUUUAAUGCUCCACUUCCAAAGCCUGAUUGUAACUCAGGUGUGCUUGCAACCUGGGCAAGGCAAGCGGGCCAAGCUCAGUUUGUGCACGAGAAUGAGGUCUGAGCCAUUUUAACCCUUCACUUCCAUCCACAUCUCCAGGAGAGACCCAUGACCUGGCCAGUAAGGAGAAGGAGACCUUUGGCCAGCUGGAUGCUGGAAAUCUGAAAUAAAAACAGAAAAUGGUGGGAAUGCUCAGCAGGUCAGGCAGCACCUCUGGAAAGUGAAAAAGACAAUGUUUCAGGUCAAAGACCCUUCAUCAGAACUAGUUCUAGUUCUGAAGUAGGAUCUUUAAACAAUCUUUCUAUUCCCACAGAUGCUGCCCGACCUGCUGAGUGUUUCCACCAUUUUCUGUUUCUCUAUCAAUGAUUUUACAUUGAUAUUUUCUGAUUAUCGGCACCCAAAGACAUUUAAAGACAAUUAAUGAAAAUUAGCUCAUCAACUAACUUGAUUGAAAACUUUGGUAAUAAAAAGAAAAAUGAUAGGACUUUCAGAAAAUAAUUGUUUUGAGGUAUUGGCUUGAUGAUAUUUUUUAUAACAUUAUUAAGAUUUAGUGGUGACACCAAGAUAACCAAGUAAUAAGAUUCAAGGCAGUUGGUAACAAGUGGAUCAAUCAGAUGAAUGAUGUUCUAUGUAAUUAAAUUUACAAUAAUGCAUGCUCAAACAGGAUACAUAGUAACUAUAACAAGAAAUGUUGUCCUUAAUAAAGUAGGAAUAAAAAUAGUUGUAAAUCUCUGCCACUAAGAGUGUACUUAUGAGGUUAGACUUUCCACUUAUUUGGGAAUCUGGAUGUGCAUUAUUAUUGAAGGAUUGCUAAGAGUUCAUAGCAAGCAGGAAGAAUAUCUCAAGAUUUAUGGUUUGUAUAAAGAAGGUAAAGGACUUAAAAUUUUUGGAUUCCUGAAGAAAAUUCGAAGAGGGAAAUGACAACUCCAACCACCAAGCCUGCCCACUAUCUGCCAGCCUCCCCAACACUCUUAUAGUCCUUGGCUUAUUAUAGAAUAUUAUAAAAAGGAUAAUGCAAUAGAUAGAAUUGUUUGAAACCUGGCAAUUAGUUACUAAUAUGUUACAAUUUUCCUUCACCUUGCCGGAUAAUGUAAUUAAAAUAUUUAUGCAUUCAUGCAAUGUCCUGCCUCAGAGGUAGAGAAGGUCCGGACUUAAACACAGUGCUACUUAAAUGAAUGACAUUGGUGUGGGAAGACAAUUUCAUACUGUGUGUGAACAGAAGGCAUCACUUCUAUUUGCAGAAUUCUUAGCCGAUCUUCAUCUGUGGUUGCUAUCCAGUAUAAUGUGAGAAACGUACUGUGCAUUGAGAACAUGGGGUCUUCCAGAUCAGCUGCACCUUCUUCAGCUUUUUUUUCAGAAGUAUUAACAUAUAACAUGUCUUGAGUGUUUCCUUUGUACCCAGGUCUUAA